AUGAACACCGAAUUCUAUUCAGUGUAUGACGUGCCGAUCGACCAGCUGCUCGGAGUACCACCUGACGAGAGUGACCUCCACGGAUGUUGGGAAGGCUUUGGAGCCAAGGGAGGCCAACUUGCAGCUCCCUAUUUUCCUUCUACUCACGAUGAGACGCCAGAUGCCACAUCGCCGGAGACGGAGUGGGCCGAUCAUACAGUGGAUGGCUUUGAAGCCAAUGGAGGCCAACUUGCAGCUCCCCACUGUCCUUCUACCCACGAUGAGGCGCCAGACGCCACGCCACCGGAGACGGAGUGCGCCACUCAUACAGCAGAUGGACCAGAGAGCGGCUGGAGGCGCAAGAGAGGCCCUCGCAAGAGAAGGGUGCUGUUGUGCACAGAUCAAUCUUGGCAUCUGGGUAACCAUUUUGGGCAAACAUCACAUAGAACCAACAAUAGCCACUGGACACCUGAAGAGGUAGCUACGCUGGUGGAUGGCGUCGAAGAUUGCGGGGUUGCACGGUGGUCUGCGAUGAAGAAGAAAUGGUUUCCAACGUCGGUCCGAACUGCGAGCAAUCUCAAGGAUAAGUGGAGAAAUCUCCUGGAAUCAUACACGGGAAAUGCCGAAAGAAGCUGCUAUCUGCAUCUUGACAAGAAGCUGAUCGAACGAAUCAAAAAGGCAGCACUCAACAACCCGUAUCCGAAACCAAGGUGCACUGAUGAAUGA